ACGAGUUUUGAUGAUCGUACACAUGUCGAUGAGCAGUUGGAGUAGAAUCUAACGGUUGGUUGAGAGCGCGCGUGUUAACUCGCUCUUGUUAUCCCGUAAACUGUAUGCGUGUCAGCACUUGAAGAAGAAGAAAAAGAAAAUGGCGCUCCCCCUUCUUCGAAUUCCUGGCAAUUGUUCCAUUCCAUUUAUGAAGCCACAAUAUUUUCCUUCCAAAACCCUCCGCAAGACGACGGUUGCCGCGGCGGAACUCCAAACACCGGUGGGAGUGUCUGGCGGAUCCGAUUACCGGUUUCCGAGUGCUGUUGGUGUUCCAACACAUAAGGUCAAAGUCCACGAUAGACAACGAGGAAUUGUUCACGAGUUCAUCGUGCCCGAGGAUCAGUAUAUAUUACAUACUGCUGAAUCCCAGAAUAUUACCCUUCCAUUUGCCUGCAGGCAUGGUUGUUGUACUAGCUGUGCUGUUCGUAUAAAGAAUGGGCAGAUUAGACAGCCAGAAGCACUUGGGAUAUCUGCCGAAUUGAGAGAGCAGGGUUAUGCACUUCUUUGUGUGGGUUUCCCAUCCUCUGAUCUUGAAGUAGAAACUCAAGAUGAAGAUGAGGUAUAUUGGCUUCAAUUUGGACGUUAUUUUGCAAAAGGACCAGUGGAAAGAGAUGACUAUGCCUUGGAGUUGGCCAUGGGUGACGAGUAAUCAGGGUAGAAAAUCUGACAAGUUGGGCAGAAAAUGCAAGUUUUGUUUGCUUAUCUCUUUCUAUGCAGCAUCGACACUUUAGGUUGGAGGCGUGUCUAAAUCUCUGAGAUUGUUCAACACUUGUAUGACAUUGACACACAUGGUUAUAUUCAAUCACUUUUAUUUUCUCAAAUUAUAAUCGAUGUCUACGUGUCAGUGUCAUAUUUGGUGUUUAUAUUUGUUUGGGUGCUUCACAACUCUCUUUUUCCCACUAUGUUUUUAUGUUUAAUCUUUGUGUUA